AUGUUGCAGCUCUACAAGAACCAAGUCGUCACUGCGGUGGCGAAGAGACAGGUGGAAAUCCGGAAGUUGGAACUGGACUGGUACACCAACAACUACUGGACGCUCUCUCAACAAGGAGCGCUCCUGGCGGGCUUUUCCUUUUCCUUGAUCACUGCGUCCCUGCCGAGAGACACUUCGUUUUUUCUCGAGUCCGUUUACCUGCUGCUGGCCUCGCUCGCCCUCGGGCUCCAAAUGUGCGUGGUCGUGACGACAACGCUCUGCUGCAUGUGGGGCCCCGGACUGGCUCUUCGCGGCCCAGAUGGCAUUCGGAGUGUACAUACAGCAGUCGACAACUUGAAGUCUGAGCACUCGUACGUGUUUGCUUUCUUCUUUCUCGGGUUGCUGUCCUUCUACCUAUCCAACCUCACGCUGGUCUGGUGCUUCUUCGAAGAGUGGAUUGCGAUCUCCGCGUCCCUGCUGCUCGCCUUCUUCCUGAUCCUCAUCUUCUACUACACCAUCAGUCUCACCUGCAAACUGCGCGUCGCAGAUCCCGACGCAGUCGAGGGGAAAAUCGCAGCUCUCAGCGCGUACGAAGACAUCGCCGACCUCGACGAGACGGUCACGUGCGCCCCCGCCUCGCCCGAAGGAGAUCUGCGGGCUCUGUCCUUUUUGCGAGUUGACGAGGUGCGCAGGUUUCCAGUGUCGGCGGCCGAGCCUGCGGGGCUGCCUGGAGUCGCCAGAGGGACAGCGCUGCUGCCGGAGCCUGCAGGCGCGGCCGGAGUGCGCGUCGGGCGAGAGGCACAGACUGCAGACUUGCGACUCCCAGAAGUUACGCAAGCAACGCCUCAGGGUUUCCUCGCCGCUCUCGAUGAGAUUUUCGAGUUCUAA